AGCCUGCUUCAACAACUUCACCUCCCUUCUUCAUUUUUCAUUCAAAGAUCGAUCGACUUUCAUUGAUUCCUCGAUCUCUCCAUUAAUUGUAUAGUAAUGGAAGAAAUUCAAGUUCCACCCUAUUUUCUUUGCCCCAUCUCUCUAGAGAUCAUGAAGGACCCCGUGACGAUCUCCACCGGCAUAACCUACGACCGCGACAACAUCGAGAAAUGGAUCUUUUCCGGCAAGAACGCCACAUGUCCGGUCACCAAGCAAGCCCUUUCCGGCACCGACGAUGAGUUUUUGACCCCAAAUAUCAUUCUCCGGCGAGUAAUCCAGUCGUGGUGCACCCUCCACGCCUCCCACGGCGUCGAGCGCUUCCCCACCCCCAAGCCUCCGGUGACCAAGUCUCACAUCCUAAAGCUCCUCCGGCAAGCCAAGUCGACGCCGGAAAUGCUGGCCAAAGUUCUCCAAACCCUAAGGUCUAUGGCCCCAGAAAACGCGGCGAAUAAACGCUGCAUGGAGAGCGCCGGCGUGGCAGAAUUCCUGGCCCAAAUAAUCAAAACAUCCGAGGAUAAUCCCACCGAUGACGCUCUAUAUGUUCUCCACAACCUAGGAUUAUCCGAAAACGGUCUGAGAUCCAUCCUGGGACACGACACCCAGUUCAUCGACUCCUUAACACGCGUAAUGCAACACGGGAGCUACGAAUCCCGAGCCUACGCAGUGAUGCUCCUCAAAUCAAUGCUCGAAACCACAACCUUAAACCCCUCGUUAUCACAGCUCACGACAACCUUAAACCUCUCGUUUUUCCACCAAGUGGUCCAAAUCUUGCGAGACAAUUUCUCCCGCAAAGCCUCCAAAUCUGCGCUGCACCUACUGGCCAACGUUUGCCAGGGAGGGAGGAACCGGAUCAAGGCGGCUGAGGCAGGGGCGGCGACGGUGGUGAUCGAUCUACUGCUGGACACGAACGAGAAGCGGUAUUGCGAGUGGGGUCUGAGCGUACUGGAGCAGCUGUGCCGGUGCGCGGAGGGGCGGGCGGAGGUGCUGAAGCACGCGGCGGGGCUGGCGGUGGUGUCGAGGAAAAUCCUGAGGGUGUCGCAGGUAGCGAAUGAGAGAGGUCUGAGGAUCUUGUACUCCAUCGCCAAGUUCUCUGCUACUCCCAGUGUGGUGCAAGAGAUGUUGCAGCUGGGAGUGGGGGCGAAGCUGUGUUUGGUUAUACAAGUGGAUUGUGGGGUUGGAAAGAACAAGGAGAGAGCUGCUGAGAUCCUUAAAUUGCAUGCUAAGGAAUGGAAGAAUUCUCCUUGUUUACCAUUGGAUUUGAUUCAUAACACCAUUGGUGUUAAUUAGGGAAGCCAAAAGAGUUCACUUAACUGGUUUGAGCCGAUUAGCUAUGAGCAAUAUAACCUAUCUAGGCUGAUCGACUAGAGUUACAGACAAGUUUACUCAGUGCACACUCUUGAAUAUAGGUCAUUCUUAUAAGCUAAACUCCUCACUGAUUCACUAGCAUUUGGAGUGAUCGAGAUCGAAAAGAUGUAUAGGUUAUGUAUAUGGAAAGGGAUAAUUAGACAAGUAAAAUGCUUCCAAUUAACCCUCUUUAGUACCCCAGCUGUACUGUGUAGAAAACAAUGAAAAAUUUUGCAGUAUCUAGCUAUAAGUAUAAUUGAUUUCGAGAUUCUUUAUAAUAAAUUU